AGUAAAAACUUUUUUUUUACGAGUACUUGCAGGAACUCAACUGGAAAUAUCCCAAAAACCUAGAAAAACAGAGAGCCCAAUUUAUUUAUUUUUUUCUUCCCCUUUUCUUGAAAUCAGUGUAUUCAUACUAGUAAAAAACUAUGCUAUAAAUAACACCAUUAUUCUCCAUUAAAAUAGCAAAAAUACAAGAAACAAGAGGGGCAACAAGUAGAACAAGGUCCUUAAAUUUUGCUGUACUUUACCAUAUUUUUGUUAUCUAAAUUCUCAACUUGUAGAUUUUGUGGUACACUAAAAAACCCAAUAUUGUGGCAGAAAUUAAACCUUAUAUUAUCUCUUCAAACCCCUUAAAUAAAAAUUAAAAUCUCAUUCAAUUUUCUCUCUCCUCAAAAACCCUUAAAAAAUCCCUCCUAUUUUUGUUGGGAGGGUAUUCUGAAAGUACCCUAAAAAAAAGCUUCACUCUUUUCCAUAAAAAUGGCGAGUUGGGUACUCUCAGAAUGUGGUUUAAGGCCUCUUCCUAAAACCUACCCUAAACCCAGAACAGGGUUUUCAUCAAGUUUCAAUAACAAUCCCUUAAAAAUCAAAACUUCCCCUGUUUUUUCAGAUCUGAAAUCAAUUUCUUGUUGCUCGAAUUCUAGAGAGAGAAAGUGGGAGGUUAAUGUUAGUGCCCCAUUAAGGGUAUCUAACCCACCUCCAAUUGAAGAAGAUAAUAAUGAAAAUAAUAAUAAAGUUAUUGAUGAAUUUAAUCCUGGUGCACCACCUCCAUUCAAAUUGGCUGAUAUUAAGAAUGCAAUUCCUAAACAUUGUUGGGUUAAAAACCCUUGGAAAUCAAUGAGUUUUGUUUUUAGGGAUAUUGCUAUUGUUUUUGGAUUAGCUGCUACUGCUGCUUAUUUCAACAAAUGGAUUGUUUGGCCUCUUUAUUGGAUUGCUCAGGGUACCAUGUUCUGGGCUCUCUUUGUUCUUGGUCAUGACUGUGGUCAUGGAAGCUUUUCUAAUAAUCCAAAGCUUAAUAGUGUUGUGGGCCACUUGCUUCACUCUUCAAUCCUAGUUCCUUAUCAUGGAUGGAGAAUUAGUCAUAGGACUCAUCAUCAAAACCAUGGGCAUGUUGAGAAUGAUGAAUCAUGGCAUCCAAUGUCUGAAAAACUAAACAAUGGUAUGGACUAUUUGUCAAAGAAGUUAAGGUUCACCUUUCCAUUUCCCUUGCUUGCAUACCCUAUAUACCUGUGGGUACGGAGUCCUGGAAAAUCAGGUUCUCAUUAUCAUCCGGAUAGUGAUUUGUUCACUCCAAACGAGAAGAAUGAUGUGUUAACCUCUACAGCUUGUUGGUCAGCAAUGGUUGCAUUGCUUGUGGGUUUAUCUUUUGCCGUGGGUCCUAUGCAGGUGCUCAAGCUCUAUGGUGUUCCCUAUGCGAUUUUUGUUAUGUGGUUGGACUUGGUGACUUACUUGCAUCACCAUGGGCAUGAGGAUAAACUACCUUGGUACCGCGGACAGGAAUGGAGUUACCUUAGAGGAGGUCUAACAACAAUUGACCGUGAUUAUGGAUGGAUCAACAAUAUCCACCAUGACAUCGGAACUCAUGUCAUUCAUCAUCUUUUCCCACAGAUUCCACACUAUCAUCUAAUUGAAGCAACAGAGGCAGCGAAGCCAGUUCUUGGAAAGUACUAUCGCGAACCAAAGAAAUCUGGACCUCUUCCAUUUUACUUGCUCAGUGUUCUCAUGAAAAGCUUUAAGAAAGAUCAUUAUGUUAGUGACACUGGAGAUAUUGUCUACUAUGAAACAGACCCAACUCUGUAGUCUGACAGAUUCAAGUGACUGCAACGACAAUGAACCCGGUGAAUGUAUUGGAGGUGCAAGCAGGAGGGAUCCAAUUAGAUUUGUCAUAAAUCGCGACUUGUGUAGUAGCAGCCCCGAACUGUAUCCUAGUUUGUCCUCCCUAAGAACGGUGAGGAGGGCAUUGGACAGAUGCCUCAGAAUUGAUUACCAUCAUUGUACCGAUCACGGUGCAAAAUUUGGAUAGAGGGGGAGGGGGUGGGAGAUAGGGAUUAGGCAAUUUAUAUUAAUAAUAUAUGAGUAUAAUUGUGUUUACUGUUUUUCUUCCGUUUUAAUCAGUCUGUAUCAUACAUUAUUUGCAACUUUUUGUAUAGAAUUAAGGGACUCCAAAUUUAUAAGUAGUAGUAGUAAUAUGCAAGUUUUGCAUAUUACUUUGCUACCCUAAUAAACUUGAAAGGCGCUCAUAUUUUUCCCCUA